AUACAACAUAAAAAUAAAAUAGUUUGAAAGGCUCUGGGAAGACAUGCGUGCGCAUUUUUACGCACGAGAUAAUUACGGUGCCUGUUCGCAACAAAGACAAUCAUUAUCUAAAUUUAGGACUCCGGAAAUUAUGUAGGCCUAUGACAUUGUGUUUUUGGAUGCUGAGAGAGUUGUAUGCGGGCUUUGGUGUGUAUGUGUGUGUGGGUGUUCUGAGAAACGGAAAAAGGCAUCUGUCAGUGUUGGAGGGGGUCCCGAAACGUCACAUCCAAGGACGCUGGAGUGAGCUUGUUUCAGUCUGCGCACCACAGAGAGGAAACAACCCGCGGUGCCUUCACUGAUCUCUGGACCACAGACCUUCACUACUGAAAACUAGCACACUGGAGGAUAAAAGCAUUUAACCAUGAAGUGCAGACUGUUUCACUUUUUAUUAACUCUGCCUCUCAUCGGUGGAACACCUUUCCAACAUAGCAUGUUCCAGGGCAGCGCAUAUUCUGCCCCCGAAACGCGACAGAGAAACAAGAACUGGUGCGCCUACGUUGUGCACAAGAACGUGAGCUGUGCCGUCGUGGGAGGCACGGAGAGUUUCGUGCAGCCGGAGGUUUUGCCGUGUCCCCCGGAGCUGCCAAACUGUGCGCAACAAGUGAUAUAUCGGACACACUUUCGGCCCACGUAUAAGAUCGCAUACAAGACUGUAACGGAGCUGGCGUGGAAGUGCUGUCCCGGGUAUCAGGGCUACGACUGCAUGGAGGUGAAAGACAUUAAGCUGCUCCAAGUAGAGCGUUUGCCUCAAGCUCCCUCUCGCACUGCACAUAUCCCAGUCCCACAAGCUCCUGAACAGCGGGCCGACAGCUGGAGGAACCACCCUUGGGGAGGGGAGGGGCAGUUUGGAGGACAGGCAGGUCACAGGUCACAUGAGGGUCAAGGAGGAUCCCAGAGUGCACAACACCUGGAGGAGGAGGUGCAGCGGCUAUCCCAGAUGGUCCUCGACAUGCAGGCAAGAAUGACAGACAUGUCCUCCGAUCUGAGACUGGACUUCCAAGAGGACGCCAGUAAAAUGCUGGUUACACUGCUGAAUAACUACAAACAGCCUGCCAGUGCCAGAGGCGCCGAGACCGAAACCAUCCAGGUUCAGGACUUCUCCUUUGGGCACGAGACGACGCAGAUGGACGAGGUCAUGAACAAGAUCAGCGAGGUCAGAGACGAUCUUGAGUCCAAGAGCAAUACCCUGGACGACCUGCUGGGUCGUGUCAACCAUCACGACGGACAGAUUCAUCUGUUAAUGGAGGCAGCCCAGAACCAGCUGUCCACGCCCCCUCCUGCUUCUCCCCCAACCAGUCACACAGACCUGCGUGCCUACCUGGACGAGAGGAUCCGCGCUCUGAGAGAGGAGCUCAUGGAGGGCAUGGACAUCAAGAUGGCAGACAUGAAGAACGCGUGCGAUUAUAAAAUCAUGUCCGUUCAGGAGCAGUGUGAGGGACAAGAAGUCAACUACCUCAGUCUGGCAGAGCUCAUGGACUCAAAGGAAACUGACCUCCGCAAAGAGAUCCAGGAUCUUAAGACCAGGCUGGUUGAUCCGGUCCAUUUGAACUCAUCUGAGAAGAGUGUAGCGGCGCAGUGCUGCUCUGUGGAGGAGAAGCUGAAGAAAGCACAGGAAGAGGCGGUGAAAGAGCUGAAGGAGACUCUGGAGGACAAGCUGGCCUCCAUGGAAGACAGACUCACCACCCUACUGGUAGAUACAAGCACCAACUCCCCAUCUGGUGGUCUUUUGAAUGCUGUAGAAAACAUUACACAAGACUUCCAGAGCUGCAGAAGUGCUGUAGAUGCUAUGGAGGCUGUUCUAAAAGAUCAGGGAAUCGGCCUAGGAGCUGUAGAGGGAAAACUCCUCAACUACAGCACCAACAUUGAGAACAUUCAUGACGAGCUGAGCUCUCUUAAAGGCCGUGUGGGGAAGUUGGAGGACUCGCUAUCAGAUGUAGUCCACAAGCAGUCUCAGGUGUCUCUGAUUCUCAACUCCACCUGGGAUCAAGUUAAAACAGGGGCUGAGCAGGAGGCCAGGGAGCUUCUGGAGCUGCACAGGAAUCAGCAUCAGGAGCUGAGGAACCGGCUGGACGAGCUGGGCCGGGAGGUGAAAGCCGAGUCCGACCGCUGCAGGGACCAAACUGAAGGCGUUGGGAAGGAGAUUGCGCACAUGGACAGCCGUGUUGUUAGCGUGGAGGGUUUAUGUGCCAAGCUGGAUCCCAUCUCCGGAAGCCUGCAGAGGAUCAAAGAGGGUCUGAAUAAACACGUCACAGGCUUGUGGACUUGUGUCAACUAUCUAAAUGGCACGGUUCAAGCUCAUGCCAGAGACAUCGGAGGACUGAAGGGAACUUAUCAGAACAUCCAGAACCACAUCUCGAAUGUGGACAGAGACCUUCAGGUGCUGACAAACGGGAAGACAGGUGUUCAGGUCUCUGUGGAGGACGCGGGACUUCCCCAGGGUCCCAGUAAGACCCUCACAGGGGCGGUGGGUCCCCUGGACGCCUCCCUCCCACAGCCGCCUGUGAUGGAGACCGGACAGGCGGGACCCCCCGGCAAGAUGAGCUCGUCCAAGCUGCCCAAGGGGACGGACGGCAGCAUGAUAACUGUUCAGGGUGUUGCUGGAGCUCCAGCCUCCCCAGUUAAAUCCACUGACACACUAAAGCCCAGCACGCCACUUAUCUCAGAUGUGAACAUUCCCCCCAGACUGUCACCACAGAAACCUGCCCCAGCUUCAGGUGAGAAGGUGUCGUUCUCCGCUGGUCUCACUCUGCAGCCGUUCCAGGGAGAGAUCGGGAUCAUCCGCUUCAACAGGGUGCUGGUCAAUGAUGGAGGACACUACGACGCUCAUACAGGUAUCUUCACAGCUCCCACAGACGGCCGCUACCUGGUGACCGCCGUGCUCACACCUCAGCGAGGUGAGAAGGUCGAGGCUGUUCUGUCCGUGUCCAACCGCAGCAUCCAGAGGCUGGACUCGUCCGGCUUCCUGUCCGGAGCAGCGGCACCGCUGGCACACGGUCGGUGUAACUGCAGCAGCUCGGCCUCACUGAGUCUGGUUCUGUCGCUGGCCAGAGGAGACCGAGCCGGGCUGGUCAUGACGGCCGGGAAACUCGCCAUCUCGGCGUCUCCUGAGAUCCUUUCGUCUUUCAGCGCCGUGCUGCUUUACCCGAGCCCUUCGAAACGGUAGCCCCGCUCUUUCUAAAGACUCCUUAUAUCAGCCAAAAGUGGAGUGUUGUGUAUAAUUUGGGACACGUUACGGCUAACGGUGAUAUUACACUAUCGGAGGAGGGAAGGACAAUAAUUGGAAAAGCUAGUCUCCACACAAUGAGAUUAUUUCUAUCGUUAGUUUUAAUAUAUAUAAUGCCUUUACAUUGCAUUAUUUUAUGAUUUUUAUUGUGAGGUUUUGUUUAUGAUCUUACACAAAUACAUAUUUGCAAACAUUCCUACACUGCAGUAAUCUGAGUUUCUUCCUUAAUAUUUAAAAAGUGUUUUGCACCGACACCGCUGAUAACUGCUGAUGGUAGAGAUAAAAAAUGUAAUUCCAGUUAAUCCAAUUUGUUUAUUAUUUACUUAAGUACAUUUACUCAAGUGCUGUACUUAAGUACAUUUUUAAGGUAUUUCCAUUUAUGUAACUUCUACUUCAUUACAUUUUGGGGCAAAUAUUGCACUUUUUACUUCACUACAUUUAGCUGCCAGCUUUAGUUACUUUUCAGGUCAAGAUUUAACAUGAAAAACAUGAUACAUUUGAAGGUAUUAGACUUUUUAAAAAAAAUUAA